AUGGAUGAAGAUGCAAAGCACUUCAGAAGAUAUAUACGGUUGUAUAACAACAUGUUUGCUUUCACAUCAUUGGGUGGCAAAACGGAUGCCAAAAAAAAGGGAAUCUAUGUAUUUAAGUUGCACGUACAAAUUUAUCAUAACCUUUCAAGUUUAAUUCCAGGGGAUGAGGGGCCAAAAUAUAUGCUGCUUUAUUUCUAUGAUGGUCAGGUGGAGGCUGAAAAACAUCUGUGUUGUUUCCCAAAACUAAGGGAAGAUGUCUUGGCUGUUCUUAUGAAAGUUACCGAGUUAAAUCCCUAUGCUAGAUUUUUUCGAUCAUUAAAGGACAUUUCAAUUACUGAAUCUACAGAGAUUAUGCUGAUUAAGACAACAGUGCUAGAUCAGCGCGUUUAUAAUGCUCCUUCCACUAAUGAACUGCAGACUCAGCCAGAUCCUUUCUCUUCAUGCAUUGUACAUUCCACUGAGGAUUUGUUGGAAGAGGAGGCUAGACGUGCCAAUGGAGGUUCAUCAAAAUCUGAUAGGAAAAUUUCAGCUAGGGAAUAUUAUGCGUACAAGCUUCAGUGUCGUCCCAAUAAUAUGAUACUUAGAGCAGGGAGGUGUUUCCAACAGUAUAUUGUCGAUAUGUAUGUUAAGGUGGAAAAUACACCAAAUGUUGGUCGUAGGGUGAUCUUACCUCCAACAUUUAUUGGUGGUCCUCGGGAUCUUAAAAAGAGAUAUUUAAACGCUAUGUCAUUAGUUCAGAGAUUUGGGAAGCCAGAUUUAUUUGUGACAAUGACAAGUAAUGCUAAUUGGUGUAAGAUUAAGCAGCAGCUUGCUGUAGGAGAAGAGGCACAAAAUAGACCAGAUAUUGUUGCAAGAGUCUUUAGAGCAAAAGUGCUUGCUUUGAAACACUUGAUUAAGAAAAAAAAGGUGUUUGGAGAGGUAGCUGCAUUGAUCUAUGUUAUUGAGUUUAAAAAAAGAGGCUUACCUCAUGCCCAUUUCCCCAUUAUUUUAAAGUCAGACUAUAAGAUCAAGUGUCCUACUGACUUUGACAAGUUUAUGUGUGCUGAAAUACCCCAUGUUAGCAGUCAUUAUCUUAGGAAAACUGUGCUGAAGCAUAUGAUGCACGAUCCUUGUGGUCAGCUCAACCCAGAGUGUCCUUGUAUGAAACACAAAGAGAGCCUGGUUCAUUGCAAGUAUGGUUAUCCUAAGAAAUUCUCUGAUGAAAUAAGAAAUAACUCAGAUGGGUAUCCAAUGUAUCGAAGGAAGAAUUCAGAAGAGAUUGUCAUUGUUCGAAAAACUCCUAUGGAUAAUAGAUGGGGGCAUGAUAAGAUAUCCUUUAAUGUUGUGCAGUCCGGAGAUGACAUACCUGUUCAUGAUGAAAUACAGCAAUGGGUUUCUCCCUGUGAAGCUGCUUGGCGGUUAUGUGGUCUUGAUAUGUAUGAGAUGCAUCCUCCGGUUUUGCCUCUUCCUAUACACCUACCUAACUCACAGACUAUCAAUGUUAGGCCUCAUGAGUGGCUAACAUCAAUGGUGUCAGAUGAUAAGCGUUCAAGAACUUGCCUAACAAAAAUUUUCCAGUUGAAUGUUAAGCUAGGUUUUGGAGCAAUUUGGUUGUAUAAUGAAUUUUGUGAACAUUAUGUAUGGGAUGCAUCAGCUAAGCGUUGGAAGAAAAGACGGAACAAGAAUAUUUGCGUUGGAAGAUUGGCAUUUGUUGGACCAUCUGAAGGUGAGAGAUAUUUUUUGAGGCUGUUGCUUCACAAUGUUAAGGGUCCUAAAUCAUUUGAAGCACUGCGAACAGUGAAUGGCCACUUAUGUAACACAUUUCAACAAGCUGCAUUGAAACUAGGACUGUUGGAGGAAGAUGAUUCAGUUGAUCGAUGUUUACAGGAGGGUUGUUCCAUUCAGAUGCCUCAUGCAAUUCGCAAGCUUUUUGCUACUAUACUCAUCUUUUGUCAAUCUAGCGACCCUCUUUCUUUAUGGAUGUAA